UCCCUCUUCCUGUCCUGUGUGUGGGUUCGACCCUUGUAUGGACCAUUCGUAGCCUAGCAUUAUAGCCCAGGUUGUCCAUGUCCAUGUCCUUGUGGAGGUUGGCCCUAGCCGUGGGUAUUGUCUCUCCCACCCUCCCAAGUGACGAAUGGGACGGACGCGACGAGAAGCGCUCCCUGCCGGCCAAGAACCGGGUGCGGUGGUGGUUGACGGUGGUUGACGGUGGUCAUGGAGGGUGGUGGUGGUGGGCCUGUGAGUCGAGAUGCAGAUGCACGAGAGACAGACAUGGCUUAUACGCUAGAGACCUUUACAGAGAGAUAGAGAGCGAGAGAGCCACAGAGAGAGAGGAGAUUUGGUGUGAGUGUGUCGCAGUGUGGAUGGAUGUGGGAGUGCAUGGCGGACGGACGGCGGCGGCGAGCGGCGUGCGGCCUUUGUGGUGAUUCGUGGUCGUCGUUGGUGGUGGCCUGGUGGGUUUGAACGAUCAUGAAGAAGUUGGAAAUGAAUUAUAUCGAUUGGAUCAUUGUGUUGAGGUUUUUGGUAGUUGAUUGAAACUGACAGAGAGCAAGAGACACGAGCGACGUAGACAUAGACAGACACGUCGAUUCACAUCAUCAGAGGAAGGCGCGCGUAACCAUUAGAGUCAACUCACGAUAAGAGGCAGGAGCGACACACCUCACACAUUCACUCAGUACACA